UUGGUGAUAGGUACUUUCUAGUUCUUCUAAGGUCUCUGUGGGCAUUCUUUCCAGGGGAUAGCUGGCUCCUUUUUGUGUGACACCCUGCAAUUUACUCCAUCCAGAGACUGGCUGUUCAGGUCGCUGUAGCUCUGUUCACUACCUUCUAGGUUUUGCCAAGAGGAGCUGUUGGGUUCUUACUGGAAAAUGGGAACAGUGUAAAAAUGCGGUGGCAAAGAGCAGGAACGUAAAAGGAAAAUUUAUAUCUUUAACAAAAAGAACGUAAGAAACUGAAAGAGAAAAGGUUAAAAUAACAGAGGAAUAUGCAUACAUACUGUGCUCAGGAUGUUGGUUGCCUAGGACAAAAGCACUUAGGAAGUAGAGCGGAACUGAAUGCAUAUGAUACGUGCUGCACCUAACUUACAGUCUAACAGUUCAUCUGUCAGCCCUGCAGUUCUGGGAGAAGGUGUGGCCAAGCUACCAAGUUACGCUGCAGAUAUGUACUGAUUUUGAGAGCCCAAAGAGCUCCUGCUCAGGGAAGUUAUUUCUUUGAAGAAGAGGAAGAUAAUGGAAUUUAGCCCAAAUGUAUGGUAUCUAACUUCUGACAUUUGACCAAGACAUGUAAAUCAGGAGCAAGGUUACCCUUUGUACCUGUGACAUCAGUGUAGGGAGAGAAGAUUUUAGUCCUUGAAUUGCUUUACAGAAGUUAUUAUGACCUUGUAUUGACUAUACAGAGAACCUAUGGCAGCUAUGACCUUAACUUAGUUUUUCAGCUGUGUUGAAUGAAUCCCAGCUUCUGGGCCUGGAAAAUCUGCCAAAGAAGCCAAAGGGGAAAACUGUAUUGUAGCCUACUUAGAGCAUCUAACCAACCUUCAGGAUCUUUCCUGAGCAUCUGGUUUGAGAAGAGAGGGCUGACCAGACCAGUGACUGCAUGAAACUGUGCAAAUGAAAUUUCCGUUUGAUUUAAGAACAGAGUUGGAAAUGAUCAGGUCUAAUUUUGCAGGGGAGCAGGGGAAAAAGACUAUUAUUAGAUGUGCCUAACCCUGAAUAGAGAAAGUGCUGGCAAAUUACUGGACCUUCAACUGGCUGAAGACGCUUGAUGCAUAAUCCUUCAGUCAUUUCAUUUUUAUAAGGAGAAGCUCUUUCUUUAUUUCUUUUCAUGUAAUGCUACCCCCUCCUAGCCUUUGUUCCUUUGGAAAUUUUAAAUAACAAAAACUGCAGGGAUAAACUGAAAAUCACACUAGAACUAUCAUUUUCAAGAAAAAUCUAAAUAUUAAAUAGGCAAAUGAAUUGUUCUCAAGUCAGAAGACCUGCCAUCUUGAGAGCCAAAGCGCAUGUGGCAGAACAGAGACUUGGGAUAAUGGUGGGAGUUUUUCUUUCACUUCUAGAUCAUCUGUUCUGAUUCUUACCCCAUUAGGGGAUGAAUGGCUGGCUUGCAGAAACAAAAGAACAGGUACUGAGCUUUUCAACCUCUGUGGGCUUAGGCUGACCAAAAGAUCAGUCACAGUCUAUCACCUAUAAGCCACAGUUUUAAAUCUUACAUUAGGAUGUGAAAGUAAGUCAGAGACCUUACUGCCUCUAAAUUACUGCAGAAAAAGUGAAUGCCACAACAUUUAAGAAGGGGAUCCCUUCAUCUGAAGCUUGCUUUUUCUGGUCCAGCAGCAGUUACUUGGAGCGUGCUUACCUUCUAGAAGCUGAACUGCAAAAUUAGCACCCUUGUUAACAGUCUCAGUGCAUAGGAUAAAGACUGGAUGGCUUGUGGUUGAAUUGCCGCUUAGUCCCAGAAACACAUCUUGAGGCCACUGAGCAGCUGCUCUGUGAUUUGGGUGGUUGCUAUAGCUGUCUUGGAGAUGAAGAGGACGUUUUUGUUAAUAAGACUGCCAGUCUACUGCCUUUCAGUGUGCCUAAUCAUACUUGCUUAAGGAAAAAACAGAAGGACCGAGGCAUUUAAACCAUGUUUUCUUUGUGGAUGUGCACACAAUAUAAGACUUACAGCAGAAUUUUGUUUUUCACAGGACAAAACAUGACGAUAAAUGACUGCUGUCCCUUAACUAAACAGGGGGAGGGGCUUGUGGAUCAGUGAGGAAGAUUAUAUAGUCUGAGGCCUGAACCAUUGAAAUAUCUUCUCCAACCAGUCUGACAGGGAGCACAGCAGAAAGAUUGACUGGGGAAGCUAAAAGCAGCAGCGCUUGCUGCUUUUGCAUAUGCAUACCUUGAAUAUUAACCCUUUGCCUUUCCCACUCUUUCCUCUGCAGUUGGGGGCUUUAGAAACUGUGAAAGAAGGACCAAAAGGAGGAGUAUUGCCAAUUAGCAUAUUUUUAAAGAGGAAUCUGAAUAGGUUCACCCAGCUGCCCUUGGGGAAGGUGCCUGUGGAAAGUAACACAUUUCAGUAAAGAACUCAUUUAAAUGAGGAACUGUCGUUUGCAUUUUAGCCACUUUUUAAUGGGGAAUGGGGUAUAGGACAGAUCCUCUGCUCCUUCAUGAAGAAAAUACUGCUGAGAGUCAAUGCAGCUUAGUACCAGAAUAAGAGGAAAAUUAAAACCAGAGUCUGAGCCUAUGCUCUGCAGCUGUCGUGAUCUAACUCAAGAAAAUUUUCAGUCUGAAAGAUGUCUCUCCUGGUUUCUCAGGGGCUGAAAGUCCACAUCACAGAGCUAUUUCGCUUAUUCUAUUUUGCCCACUUCUGCCAGUCUCUGUAGAGAGAUCAAGCAAUGAAGAAAACCACUCCUGGUUUUCACCAUUUUGCAUGCAUGGACAGUAAAUGCCAGGUGGAAGAAUAAUCCCAGAGAGAAGCUUGGGAUGUACUGGCGUACAAACAUAUUGAUACACAGUCUCUCUUGUGGAUAAAUUAACUACUGUGUUUCAGUAUCUAAAGCUAUUGCCUCUACCACAACUAAAAUUUUCCCAUAACAAAAUAAUACACACAGCACCAAAGUGUUAAUAGGAGUAGGUAAGUUUUGCUCAAACAGUUGGCAGAGAUCAUAUCAUCUUCUACAUCUUCCCAAAGCCACCUGCAUUGUGUUGUUGACUGUGAAAUGAACUUUGUCUCUCAAUGAUAGGUCUCAUGUUGUUUCCUCUUGUAAUACAACUGCCUCUCACUUGUAUGAAGUAGGUAAGCAAAUAAUCUUGUACAGACUCAUACAACCAGGAGUCAGGAAUCUGAAACUCUUAACACAAGAUUUUUCAGUGAUAGGGGAGAGCAGGCCAACAGCUGGGACUUCCAUACAGUGGUUGGGUGGGAAGAAAGUCCCCAGAACUAAAACACUGAGGAACUGAGGUGCAAUGAAGAUUACGCAAUGCAGCUGCUGGGGACUGAGGGCACCAGCAGAGCACAACGGUGACCCCAAGGGCAUCACAGCAGGAAAAGGUCACAAGGCAAGUUCAAGAGUAUUAUCCGGUCUAGUUGGGGAGCUCAGGAUAGAUUUUGAAGGGGUUUUGUAAGUGAGGGUCGUUGCCAGGGCUGUGUGGGAGCUCUGGGCUGGACUGGUGGGAGGAAAGGGCAGGAGAGAACUGAUGGCAGGGCUGGAAAAUGCUGGCAGAAUGCAUGGACAGCCCGAGCAGGAGGGAUAUGAACAAGCAAGGCAGAAUGUGGAAAAAUCCUCUGUUGCUGCUGUCUGUUGUAGCAUGCUUUGGUAUUACCAGUCUUUUCUUUCUUUCUUCAUUUGCAGAUUGUGUUCCUGACAGAAAGCCUUCCAGUGUCUGGAGUCUUAGGGGGUUUGUACAGAUUUUCUGUUCCAAGAACCCAUUUUUUUCUAAACGUGAACCUGUAAUCUGAAGUGUAUGAUUUCUCUUUGUCACGUUAGCCUAUCCCUCUUGAUCUGUGUUUGCCUGCCUUUCAAAUUACACUCCAGGUCCCCUCCCGUGGACUCUUUUCUUUGCCUGUCUCUGUCAUCUGUGGGCGAGCAGCUGGUGCACGGAAGCCAGGCAGACCCGUUUUACAAGUGUGUGCCUACCUGUCAUCCUGUGUGUUGGACGUACACUCAUGUGAUCUCCCUGGGGAGACAGCUGAGAAGACCUUGAGGAAUAAAGAAUUGAAGCUGGGCAGGUCUGGGAUAGGAAGAUCAGUGAGGAGGAACUUAGUAAUAAGAAUUGCAACCACACAAGGCAACCAUCAGUGUUAUUCAGGAGCGGUCUCGGACAAACUGGGAACCGGCAGCAGGCGAGCUUCAGGAAGAGACUACCGCAGGGCAAGAGAAGUGGUGUAGUUCAGAAGACAGAGGUUGGAAACCCACUUGCUUGUAAUUGAACAUGGCAGGGGAUGUAAAAAGAUUCACACGCAUGCUACUGGAGUGCAACAGCAAUGACAAGCUAUGUGUUGUGCGUGAAUAUCAGACUGAAGUGAUUGUUGUCCCAGUUCUCCUUGUGGGUUUUUUUGUCAUCGUGCUAACUGUGAUCCUUUGGCUCCACUGUCGAGGCUUGCGAGCAAAGCAGGAGCAAUCAUCAUCAUCUGAACACCAAGUGAAUGACAAGAAUCAGCAGGAAUCCAGCUCAACAGAGAACCACUAUAUCCAGCUGAGUGAGACAUCUGUGGAGAGCCUGCUAAAUUCUGCAUCCUUGACGCUGAAAGAACUGGAGAUACCACGAGAGAAACUCUCACCAGGCACCUUGCAGCUGAUAAAACAUGGCCGCUAUGGGAGCAUCUACAGAGCACAGUUGGAAACUGGGAACCCCAGGAAGACUAAGACCGUAGUACUGAAAGUCUUACAAGACCUGGCUAGUCCCCAGGAAGUAAAGGACUUCCUGAGGAGGAUUAAAUUCCAUCAAAAUCUUGGCCAUCAUGAGAACCUGGUUAAAUUGGUUGGAUGCUGUGUAGACCAGCUCCCACUUUAUAUGAUCAUGGAAGAUGUGUCUCUUGGUGACUUGUUGACAUUUCUAUGGACAUGUCGGAAGGAUGUAAUGACAAUGGAUGGUAUCCCCUAUGACCUCACUGAGAGGCAAGUAUAUGAAGUUGGACAGCAGGUUGCAGCAGCUCUGGCUUACCUUGAACAGAAGAAGUUGUUCCAUGGUGACAUUGCUGCCAGGAAUGUCCUACUUCAUCACAACUUGACUGCUAAGCUCUGUGGUUUGGGUCUGGCCUAUGAAGCUCACACAUAUGGUGCCAACUCAGUCACACAGAUUGUGCCAGUCAAGUGGCAGGCACCAGAGCGGCUCCUGAAGAAACCCCCUAGCAUCAAGGCAGACAUAUGGUCUUUUGGAAUUCUACUGUAUGAAAUGAUAACAUUAGGUGCUCCACCAUAUCCUGAAGUGCCACCUUCUGACAUCUUACCGUACCUGCAGAGACAGAACAUUAUGAAGCAGCCCUCAAGCUGCCAGCAAGCCAUGUACGGCAUCAUGAAGUCCUGCUGGCAGUGGAAUGCAACUAACCGGCCUUCUCCAGCAGACCUGAUCCGGUCCCUACAAACAGCUGUAAAGACCAGCAAUGACCAUGCAGUACUGCAGGUGCCUGAGCUUGUGGUGCCUGAACUCUAUGCUAAUGUUGCUGGUGUUGAUGUGCACAGCCUAGUGAGGGAAUACACUAUACUCUGAAGGACCCUUUCACAUGUUGGUAAAGGAGAAGUCUCUGAUUUUGCCCUUUCUAGACUCUUUGCAAGCCCAGAGUGAGCUGCAUAUGUUGGGAGGGAUCCCUUUGUUUUUCAAACACAUCAAUAUAUAUCAGAUCUCUCCUCCAUACCAGAAACAACAAACUAUUAUCAUUAUUAUUAUUAAAUCAACCUGUUGAUAUCAUUCUGCCAGUGGUCAUUUGGGAACAAAGUGGGUUUAGGAAGCUGUAGAAAAUGUAAUGAGAAACUUGAGUUAAAGAAGUGUAUUGGGUUUGUGUGGCAAGGUUUUGGUAGUGGAGGUGCUACAGGGGUGGCUUCUGUGAGAAGAUGCCAGAAGCUUCCCCCAUGUCCGAUGAUAGAGCCAGUUCCAGAUGUCCCCAAGAUGGGCCUGCCGCUGGCCAAGGCUGAGCCCAUCAGCAACGUUGGUAGCACCUCUGUGAUAACAUAUCUAAGAAAUGGUAAAAAAUACUGCGCAACAGCAGCCGGAAGAGCAGAGUGAGAAUAUGUGACAGAAACAGCCCUGCAGAUACCCAGGUCAGUGAAGAAGGAGGGGAAGGAGGUGCUCCAGGCGCCGGAGCAGAGAUUCUCCUGCUGCCUGUGGUGAAGACCAUGGUGAGGCAGGCUGUCCCCCUGCAGCCCAUGGAGGUCCACGGUAGAGCAGAUCUCCACCUGCAGCCCGUGGAGGACCCCACGCCGGAGCAGGGGGAUGCCCAAAGGAGGUUGUAACCCUGUGGGAAGCCCGCGUUGGAGCAGGCUCCUGGCAGGACCUGUGGCCCCAUGGAGAGAGGAGCCCACGCUGGAGCAGGUUUGCUGGCAGGACUUGUGACCCCGUGGGGGACCCACGCUGGAGCAGUCUGUGCCUGAAGGACUGCAGCCCGUGGAAGGGACCCAUGCUGGAGCAGUUUGUGAAGGACUGCAGCCCGUAGGAAGGACUCAUGUUGGCGAAGUUCAUGGAGGACUGUCUCCUGUGAGAGAGACCCCACGCUGGAGCAAGGGAAGAGUGAGGAGUCCUCCUUCUGAGGAGGAAGGAGCAGCAGAGACAACGUGUGAUAAACUGACCCCAAUCCCCAUUCCCCCUCCCCCUGCACUGCUUGGGGGGAGGAGGUGGAGAAAAUGGGGAGUAAAGUUAAGCCUGGGAAGAAGGGAGGGGUGGGGGGAAGGUGCUUUAAGAUUUGGUUUUAUUUCUCAUUAUCCUACUCUGAUUUGAUUGGUAAUAAAUUAAAUUAAUUUUUCCCCAGGUCGAGACUGGUUUGCCAGUGACGGUAAUUAGUGAGUGAUCUCUCCCUGUCCUUAUCUCGACCCAUGAACCUUUUGUUACAUUUUCUCUCCCCUGUCCAGCUGAGAAGGGGAAGUGGUAGAGCGGUUUUGGUGGGCACCUGGUGUCCAGCCAGGGUCAACCCACCACAAGGAGGUUUCUGUAAAUCUCUCCCCAUCCUUUCUGUCCCGGGAAACUGCAUCAGUUGGGUAUUAAAACAGGAGAUGUACUGGGGAAUAUGCUAUGGGGCACAGCCCUAUAGGAAAAACCGUAUGGAGUAGGUAAUAAAAAUGGAUAGUUUCCUGUCCAUUCACUUAAGGACCUAUUCAAGACAGUUAGUUGUGUUUGUGCCUUUUUAAGUGUUCAGUAAAUGUCUGGGAUUUCUCCAGUGCUUUAUACUCUAGCUUCCCAUGGGAGAAUGGGUACUGUAUUAAAAAAAACCAAAAAACCAAAUCUGAAGAUCUGUGGAUGCAGAAGUUAUUACAUUAAUGUAAUACAUCUUCGUGUAGAGUGUACCUUCCCUGUAGUAGCUCUGGGUUCAAGCGAGUACUCCAAGACAAAAGGCGUAUUAUCCCAUGUUCGUCUCAGGAAAAAGUCCUUACAGACCUGAAUUUCUUAGGGAUGGUCCUUAACCAAGUGUUCAUUUGAGCAGAGCAGGUCAUUUGUUUAUGUGCUUCUAUUUUGAGUUGCUCAUUGCUGGGUUAAGUAUUUUGGUUUCUGAGGGACACCUGUCCAUGGUUAUAACAGCUACUGUGAAAACAGUAUGGAAAUGUUAAGAGUACACCAAAUAAGAAAGGUUGAUCUACAUUAAAAACAAUACAUGAUGAAAAUAAGCAUGCAUAGUGACAUUGUUGUGUGAUUAUGGUGAGAAUAUACCAUAGACUGUAUUUAUCUCUGUGGUGACACCUUUAUAUGAAUUCUGCAGUGAGGAUCUGGAUAUUGGCCAUGACCUUCUUAGCUACCCUGUGACAAGUGUGACAAUAUGUAGCAUUUUGUGAAUCCUGUGUUGAUAACAGAGCUACUUCAAGGUCUCACAUGUAAACAACACAGAUAACUUUGGUAAUCGUAUGGAGGAUAGGAACUUGUGCCCAGUGAGCUGCUGAAUAUGAACUCAAGAUUCAGCUUAAAAUAAUAAUGUGAGAAAGUUUAUGUACGUAGUUUUCUUAUAAGCCGUUUAUAUGCCAUGCAUUGAUCAGUGGAUACGUUUUAAUGUGAGUUCCAGGCUUGUUUCCACUAAAGAUUUCAAUGGCUAGGGUUGUUGCAGUGGUGAUUUAUGUGAAUGCACAUGAUUUGACUCUUCAGGUUAUGAGUAGGCUCUGGCUGCGCCAGUGCUAUUGCAGAAAAGUUAGUAGUGCCUAUGCUAAGGUUUACCCUAGCACAGCUGAGGGGUUGAAGUCCCAGUGGAAAUACACCUGUAUGUCUUCAGUGUCUGCCUGGAAGAGGGGCAUGACUCUUUAAUCAAAAAAAGUGGGGGUUUUGCUUGUUCAGUAUUUAUAUUUUAUAAUAUAAGCUGCACAAAGUUUAUCUGAAAAUAUUUGGUCAUUGAUUUUAAUGAACAUGCAAACUUUGUAAAAAAUCAGGGGCGGUUGAAGUCACAAACAUUUUUCCUUCAUUUCAAAAGAAGCAGAAUCAGUCUGUGAAAUUUUCUCAUCUGACUUCCACUGUUUGUGGUUUCUAAGUUGACAGUGCCUUAAUUUUUUUUUUCUCUAAUUAUUUUGGCACUUUGAGCAACAAAGGUUCUUGUAAAAAGAAUAAAUGCACAUUAAAGGAGUAGUUUUACUGUUCUGUGUGAAGAGUGGAUUCAAUGUUCACUCCGUAUCCCUCCAAUUAGCAUGACCCUUGUAUGUGUUAGGAGUCAAAGGGCAUAGAAACCCACAAAAGGCUAAUUGCAGUCAGUUAUAUUUAUUAGGUUUCAGCCUUUGGUGUAGUUGAAUCCCUGAUAAUUUCAGAACAAGUUGCAGGCCUGCAGCAUCCUAUAAGGCCAAAAUUAGGUGUUAGCCAUGUAGGAUGCAAGGCCGAAAAUUGGUGGUGUGAAAAAAGCUAAACGAUGGCUCAUCUAAAGGGGAAUAUUUACCCUGAAGGAAGUCUUCAACUGUCACUUCAGAUAUUAAACAUAUAUAGCUGUGAAAAGGAGCCUAGGUUCUGGUUUCCAUCAAAAUUUAUUGGUCUUCUUUCAAAGACAAUGUUAAAAAGUUUUCUCUUUUAAAUGCGAAAUAACAUCGAUGGAAUGAUUGUUUUUCCUAUAUCACUUAGGCUUUGUAAGAAACUAUGUUUCCAUCCAGAAAUAAAAGUAAUGUUAGUUCAUGCAGCACAUAUAUCACCACUAUAUACCAGAACAUUGCAAACUCCCAUGAAAGAGUGCUCAGUUAGCUUUCUGACUUUUUUUACAGUGUUGGCUAAUCGCCACCUUAAUGUCCAUAACCACUCUUGGUGUAAAUCUGGCUUGAAGAAUUGAAACAUCUUCUUUUCAAAAUGCUAAAAUAAUAACAUCCUCUUCUCUCUCCACUCACUUGAAAAGAGGUUCAAAGCUACCUGGUAAAUUUAGGUCAAAUUCACAGUUACCAGUCAGCCGAUACUAUUUUUUUGGUGAAUCAACUAUUCAUUAAAAAAACCAUUUGCUUAGUUUGAACCCCCCACCCAAGAAUGGGAUAUUCCUGAAGGUCUUGCCAGCUAAAGGUGGGUGUGUUUCAGGUAUGUAAUACAAUCUCAGAACGGUGAACAGCAUCGGUAGUGCUGCUGCAGACCUGAUGAAUAAUGCACAGUGGUUCAUAGGGAGCUUUGUUAAACGGAGAGAUAAAUGUGACAAAUGCAUCACUGUUUUCAAAGCUCCCUAUCUUGUUACAUCACAAAAAGCAAUGUUCUGGUUUACACGAGUCCUCGUAUUUUGUUUCUGUUAUCAAAGCUCUGAUCAAGGGAAUCUGUGGGAAUUCAGGAUGCUGAGCACCUCACAGCCUCUAACAAAAGAUCUGCUUUAGUUUCCCCUGAGAGCAAAUCUGUGCCAAGACCCUACUUAUGAAUUUGCCCACAGAAAGACAUUUUCCUGCUAUAUGAUAAGGUCUAAAUUUAAUUUCCUUUCAAUAAGGUGGCUUGAUUCUCAA